AUGUCUGUUACUGCAGAGCAGGCAAGCAGCAAAAACACUACCAAGACGUUUAUCACGGCGCUGGUCGUCAAUGGCGGCCUUCUUGCGGCUGAAGUUGGAUCUUUUCUUAUCUUGAAACAGAAAUUGGGAAGGAUAUAUAGUCCUCGGACGUACCUUCCACCUCCAGAUAAACGAGCACAGGAGCUACCGAAAGGCUUAUGGCGAUGGGUCCCUGCCCUUAUUAUGUCGCCACCCGAGGAUAUCAUCCACAAGAAUGGAUUGGACUCAUAUAUGUUUCUUCGCUUCGUCAGGAUGCUAAUAUGGAUAUUCGCCGUUUUCACAUUCGUAACUAUGGUCACCAUCGUUCCGGUCAACGUCGUUGGCGUGCAGUCGUCCAAUACGGGCCUAGAGCGCAUUAGUUGGUCGAAUAUCAGCAGCGAACAGGACCAAAAGCGCUUUGCCGCGCACAUAGUCGUCGUCUAUCUUCUGACUUUCUUUGUCUUUUACCUCAUCCGGCGCGAAAUGCUCCAUUUUAUACACAUGCGACACCAAUUUCUUAUCAGCAAGUCUCAUUCUCGCCUUGCACAGGCACGUACGGUCCUCAUCACUUCCGUCCCAAACGAAUUGGCAAACGAGCACGACAUGCGUGAAUUCGCGAGUUUCAUCCCCGGGGGAGUGGAUAGAGUGUGGUUCUAUCGCGAUAAAAAGAUUUUGAACGAGCUCUUCGAGGAACGCCAAGAGCUAUGUCAUAAGCUUGAAUCUGCGGAGGCUGAUGUCCUGAAGCAAGCGAUGAAAGCGUGGCGUGCCAAGCAAGUUGCGCAUAAAAAGGCUUUCAAGAGGAAACCGAAAGACGAGGAAAGUAAAGAGGAUGAGGAGCUAGUAUCGUGCCCGCCUUCGCAUGAGCUAUUGGACGAUCUCGUCCCUUUAACGAAACGGCCGACUCACAGGACUGGUUUCCUGGGGCUUUUUGGUCAUAAAGUCGAUACGUUGGAUUGGUGCAGAGACGAGAUUUCACGGUUAAACUCUGCCAUCGAGGAAGAACGGGAAAAAGGCGAAGGAAAAUUUCUCGGAAGCGCAUUUGUGCGAUGUAACUUGCAGAUUGGGGCUCAUGUGCUUGCACAGUGCGUCAGCUACCACGAACCUCUAACUAUGAUCGACAAAUGGAUGGAGGCGCAUCCCAAAGAUGUCGUGUGGCGCAAUCUUGAUGAUGGCGCCCUUGAGAUGCGCGGUCGAUAUCUCACCUCUUGGCUUGCUACUAUCGGGCUCAUCAUCGGCUGGGCGUUUCCUGUGACUUUCAUCGGAACGUUGAGUAACAUAGAUGAUCUUUGUGUCAAAGUGCGCUGGUUGAGAUGGGUGUGCACAGCCCCGGAUCCCGUACCCGCUCUCAUCCAAGGUGUCCUUCCUCCGGCCCUUCUAGCUGGGCUCUUCGCAUUGCUUCCUUUCAUUCUACGUGCCCUGGCUUGGUAUGAAUGUAUACCUCGGUAUUCGCUCAUAUCUGUCAGUGUUUAUCGUCGAUUUUUCUUAUUCCUCUUGAUCCACGGUUUCCUCAUUGUAACUCUGAGUUCUGGAAUCACAAGUGCUAUCCAAGAUAUCAUCGAGCAGCCUACACAGACAGUACAGCAGCUUGCUCAACAACUUCCCGGCGCCUCCAUAUUCUUCUUGACUUAUAUGCUUGCGCAAGGAUUUGCUGGCGCGGGAGGUGCGUUGGCACAGUUGAUGCCUCUUGUCAUGCACUACAUCAGGAAGUGGUUUUUGGGGCGCACACCAAGACAAGCAUUUUCAGUUACCUUUAUGAUGCCCUCGGUUGAUUUCGGUGUUAUCCUUCCGAGGCUAUCUCUAUUAGCGACGAUUGCGUUCGCUUAUAGCGUCUUGAACCCGCUUAUUAACGUGAUGGCGUUGAUCAGUUAUAUCAUGUUCUAUCUUGCGUUCAAAUUCCUCUGUACACAGGUCUUUGACCAGCCUGAUCAAUUGGAAACGGGCGGACUGUAUUUCCCUAUGGCAGUAUCGAAUCUUUUCGUCGGCUUAUAUAUCCAGCAAAUCUGUCUAGCAUGUCUAUUCUUUUUGAAGGUCUCGGUUACUAGAACAUCUUCUAUCAUCGAGGGUGUCCUCAUGCUGAUCCUCGUGGCGAUUACCAUUUGUGUUCAAAUAUACAUACAUCACAGCUUUGAUCGUAAGUUGCGCGAGUUGUUAAAAUUAUGCAGCAGUCUAAUUCUGCAAAGCUAUCACCACGUAUCUUCCCAUGUCUUUGGCGACGAAGAAAAUGGUCAAGCGGUAUGA